UGCGUAGACGGUAUAUGGAUGCUAUUGCAUUAGUGCAACGUUUUGGAAAACCUGAUAUAUUUUUAACUAUAACAUGCAAUCCUUCUUGGCCUGAAAUAGCAGAAAAACUUAUAUCAACCGAUGAGGUACAAAAUAGGCCAGAUCUGGUUAGUAGAGUGUUUAGAGCAAAAAUAGAAGAAUUGAAAAAUGAUAUAAUUAAAAGACAUAUUUUUGGUAAAAUUGCAGCAUUUAUGUAUACGAUAGAAUUUCAGAAACGAGGACUUCCACAUGCUCAUUUUCUUAUCAUACUAAAUGAGAAUUACAAAUUACUAACUCCAGAAGCAUAUGAUCGAUUUGUAUGUGCUGAAAUACCAGAUGAAAAUAUAUAUCCGUAUUUAUAUUCACUUGUUACACAACACAUGAUGCAUGGUCCUUGUGGUAAUUUGAACCCAACAAAUUCUUGUAUGAAAAAAAAAGGAUGCUGUAAAAAUAAAUAUCCUAAAGAGUUCGCAGAACAAACAACCAAAGGAAAGAAUUCAUACCCAAUUUAUAGAAGACGAAAUACAGGCAAAGUUGUGAAAAUUAGAGGACACUUUCUUGAUAACUUGUGGGUUGUUCCUUACAAUCCAUAUUUGCUUUGUAAAUUCAACUGUCAUAUAAAUGUAGAGAUUUGUUCAGAUAUAAAAGUUGUUAAGUACAUUUAUAAAUACAUUUGCAAAGGGCAUGAUAAAAUUGCAUUUCAUAUACAGACUAAUGAUGUAAAUGUGGAGAUAGAUGAAAUAAAAGAAUAUCAAUCUGCUAGGUGGGUAUCACCACCUGAAGCUGCUUGGAGAAUAUUUGCUUUUCCUAUUAGUGAAAUGAAUCCAACUGUAUAUCACCUACAACUCCAUCUUGAUGGGCAACAACUUGUUUCCUUCAAAAGUACCGAUAACAUUAGUAAUAUUGCAAAUAAUCCCAUUAUAAGAAAAACAAUGUUAACCGAAUUUUUCUUAAUGAAUAAAUCAAACAAAGAAGCUACGGACCUAAAUUUAUUAUAUCGUGAGUUUCCUGAACAUUUUGUAUGGUCAACAACAGAUAAAAUUUGGACACGUCGUAAACGAGGUCACGUUAUUGGACGUGUAGUGACAUGUCAUCCAACCGAAGGAGAAAGAUACUAUCUUAGACUAUUGUUAAUGAAUGUAAGGGGGCCAAAAUCAUAUGAAGAUCUACGAAGUGUAAAUGGAGUACAAUAUAAUUCUUUUAGAGAAGCUGCUGAAAAACGAGAACUAUUACUUUGUGAUAACAAUUUGGUAGAAUGCAUGUCUGAAGCUGCAAGUUAUCAAAUGCCAUCCAGUUUAAGACAAUUAUUUGCUAUGUUAUUGAUUUAUUGUAAUCCAACAAAUCCUAGGGAAUUAUGGGAGAGAUUUGAAAGUCCUAUGUCUGAUGAUUUCAGUAAAAGUUCAAAUAUAAAUGUAAGAGAAAUACGUUAUAAAGUAUUGAAUUAUAUUAAUGAUAUUCUUCAUUCAAUGGGUCGUGACAUUAAUGAAUUCGAACUAAUUUCAGAAUAUAUCAAACCUUCAUCAAUAGCAAGAGAAGCUAAAGAAGUUCAUUAUGAAAGAAAUAUCAUCGUUAGUGAGGAAGAUUUAUUAUUAAAAGAUAAAUUGAACUCUGAACAAAUAAAAGCUUACAAUAUUAUUCUUGAUAGAGUAUUGUCAAAUAAAUUUGGAGCAUUUUUUAUUGAUGGCCCUGGUGGAACGGGUAAAAGUUUUUUAUAUCGUGCUUUAUUAGCUACAGUAAGACAUAGGGGAUUGAUAGCUUUAGCAACUGCAAGUUCUGGUGUUGCAGCUUCACUUCUUCCUGGAGGUCGAACUGCUCAUUCUCGAUUUAAAAUUCCUAUUGAUGUCGAUGAAAAUUUUACUUGCAAUAUUAGUAAACAAAGUUCACUGGCAUCUUUAAUACGAGAUGCACGAUUAAUUGUGUGGGAUGAAAUUUCAAUGGCAAAAAAGAAAAUGGUUGAAGCAUUUGACUUACUAUUAAGAGAUCUAAUGGAAAGAAAUACGUUAUUUGGUGGUAAAAUAGUUGUUUUUAGCGGUGAUUUCCGACAAACUCUUCCUGUUGUUCGUAGUGGAAAAAAAGAAGAUUUUAUUCGCGAAUGUUUAUUGUGUUCUGAAAUAUGGAAUGAACUUGAAAAACUACAAUUAUCAAAGAAUAUGCGUGCAACUAAAGAUCCUGACUUUUGUGAAUUUUUAAUGAGAAUUGGUAGUGGAAAAGAAAAAACAAAUGACCGUGGAAAAAUUGAAAUUCCUCAUUCUCUCAUUAUUCCUUUUACUUCUGAAAAAGAAUCUCUUGAUCUUCUAUUUAAAAAUACAUAUCCCGAUUUAUACAAAUGUUGUACAAAAACUUCGUUUGUUACUUCUCGUGCUAUUCUAACAACUAAAAAUGAUUUUGUUGAUGAUAUUAAUGACAUGUUGAUCUCUCGAUUUUCAAACAUUGAAAAAGUAUAUAUUGCUAUAGAUGAAACUAUUGAUCCUAAGGAUCAAAGUGAAUACGAAGAUUUCUUACAUACUUUAAAUCCUACUGGUUUACCUCCAUACAAAUUAACUUUAAAGAAGAAUUGUCCGAUUAUGUUACUAAGAAAUUUAAAUCCAUGUGAAGGUUUAUGCAAUGGGACACGAUUAAUAUGUAAUGACUUUAAACCUCAUGUAAUUAGUGCAAUAAUAUCUACCGGUGAUUUUAAAAAUACUCAUGUAUUUAUUCCACGAAUACCACUCAUGACUUCAGAAGAUGAAAAAUUGCCACUUCCUUUUAAAAGAACGCAGUUUCCUGUACGAUUAUGUUUUGCCAUGACUAUAAAUAAAGCUCAAGGACAAACAUUAGAUUUUGUUGGUAUAUAUUUACGCGAACCUGUCUUCUCACAUGGACAAUUGUAUGUUGCUUUAUCAAGAGCUACAAGUUCCAACAAUGUCAAAGUAUUAAUUAGACCACCUAUAAUUGACGAAAAUGACGAUCAUUCAACAUACAAUGUUGUCUAUAAUGAAGUCAUUGAAAAAGCUUUUUCAUCAUCUUUGUGUUAUAAUUUGCAAUGGUAAAUCUUAUAUACAACUUACAUACCCUAUAUGUAUAUUUUUGAUGUAUUUAUAUUAUUAAUAAUAUUGCUUUCAUUAUACAUUUGUCUUUAGUUUAUCCUCUUAUAAUAUAUUUUAAAUGCAGAUAUAUUGCAACAUGGCGGAAAGAUAUACCAUCAAUAUGAUCACUCCAGAUACUAAAAAUUGGACAUGUAAAGUCCAAGUUGUUGAUAAAAGUCGACCAAGGGACAACAAAGAUAAAACCACAAAAUAUCAAGUCCUAAUUCUGCAAGAUGAAGAGGAGAAUCAAGUUCAGGCCACCAUUUUCAGUACUGAUAUAACAUAUUUUGAAAAAGAAUUUGCUCCUUUCAAGACUUACUUGGUAUCUGUUGCAUAUGUGAAAGUCCCACCUCUUGGAUACGAAAAUCCGCUUAACAAAUUCGUUUGGACACUCGACAAAAACACCAUUGUUGAACCAAUUGAAGAGGUGAAACCUCCAGAGGAUCCAUUACCACCACCAACACGACUGACUAUUGCCAAAUUUGACACUUUUGAGUAUCAAUCCAAAGAAUUUGAAUUUGAUGUACUUGCCAUUGUCAUUAAUGGCAGUCCUUCAACAAAGACAACAACUGGAAAGCGACUUCAAGAAUUCAUUGUCAUGGACAAGCUG